GAAGAAAUCUGCGCUGUCAGUUGACCCCGCCCCCUCUGACCGCAGAGCUGUCACUUUUCAGACUCCACCUUCUUACAGGACUGUAGCCCCGCCUCCUUCCCUAGACCUUUGGUUGCCAGCCUGGAAGGGGGUGGAGCUGGAGCUUGUCAUGUGAUGAUCUGAAAGAUGGCGGCGCUGUGCUGAGUAUCCCGGUGCGGGCAGAGUGACAACGGGCCCGGGACAUGCAGGAGGCGGGGGAGGGAGAUAAGACGAAGAGCAUGUUCCUGUCCCGGGCGCUGGAGAAGAUCCUGGCCGACAGGGACGUGCGCAAAAGCCAGAACUCUCCACUGCGCACGGCAUGCCAGGUGGCCCUAGAUGAACUUAAAGCUGAACUUGACCAGCAGAAAGAUGGAUCUGCACCGCCAUCUAAACCUAAAUUCAUUGAAGCCGACAAGUAUUUCCUUCCCUUUGAGUUGGCAUGCCAGUUAAAGUCUGCUCGAGUGGUCAGCACCUCCCUCGAUUGCCUGCAGAAACUAAUUGCAUAUGGGCAUAUAACUGGAAAUGCUCCAGAUAAGGGUAUUGCCGGGAAACGUCUCAUUGAUCGCAUAGUGGACACCAUCUGCAAUUGUUUCCAGGGCCCCCAGACAGAUGAGGGGGUACAGCUCCAAAUCAUCAAGGCUCUCCUGACUGUGGUCACCUCUCCGUAUGUAGAGAUCCAUGAGGCCACCGUCCUCCAGACUGUCCGAACAUGUUACAACAUAUACCUGGCAAGCAAAAACCUGGUGAACCAGACCACUGCCAAGGCAACCCUGACUCAGAUGCUGAACGUUAUCUUCACGCGCAUGGAAGCUCAAACAACCCAAGAACAUAGAGAUUACACAAGACAGCAGAUGCUUCGUUCCCCUGCGGCUUACAAACUACCUGGAUCUCCAGGGACAACAUCAAGGAGAGGCAGCUAUCAACAGAGUGCCCCCGCCACACCAACCAUUCUCAGCAAUGGCAGCCAGCACAGAGAAGAUGCAGUGGUGAAGGAGCCAUUGCAGGUGGACGGGGCACAGAAGGAGCCAUUGCAGGUGGACGGGGCACAGAAGGAGCCAUUGCAGGUGGACGGGGCACAGAAGGAGCCAUUGCAGGUGGACGGGGCACAGAAGGAGCCAUUGCAGGUGGACGGGGCACAGAAGGAGCCAUUGCAGGUGGACGGGGCACAGAAGGAGCCAUUGCAGGUGGACGGGGCACAGAACGAGCCAUUGCAGGUGGACGGGGCACAGAAGGAGCUAUCGCUGGUGGAAAGGAUGCCGGAGGUGCCGUCACAGGUGGAAAGGAUGCCGGAGGGGCCAUCACAGGUGGACAGGAUGCCAGAGGCCCCAUCACAGAAGGAUAAAGCGCAGGAGGCCCCAGCACAGGUGGACAGGGCGCAGGAAACUCCAGCACAGGUGGACAGGGCGCAGGAAACUCCAGCACAGAUGGACAAGUCAAAGGAAAUGCUGUUACAGGUGGAUGGGGCACGGGAAGAGCCAGCACAGAUCCAUGGGGCCCAGGAGGGGCCAGCUGAACCUUAUGUUACAGGGGCUGAAGAGAAGGUUCCGGAAAGUGACUCUGAAGCUGCAGAUCUUCCAUCCUCUGAGAAUAUCCACACCAAUGGAAUAGGAGAUGAUGGGCAGUCAGUGUCUUCCACAGAUAAUCUGGAGUCUGAAUCCGGUCAGCAUUCUGGUUCUAGAUUCACCCACAUCCUACAGAAAGAUGCUUUUCUGGUUUUCCGCUCACUCUGUAAACUAUCCAUGAAGCCCCUGGGUGAUGGACCUCCAGACCCAAAGUCCCAUGAGCUUCGAUCGAAGAUCCUCUCCCUCCAGCUCUUGCUGUCAGUAUUGCAGAGUGCUGGCCCCAUUUUUAGGACCCAUGAAAUGUUUAUUAAUGCCAUCAAGCAAUACCUCUGUGUAGCCCUAUCAAAAAAUGGGGUGUCCUCUGUUCCUGAUGUCUUUGAACUCUCCUUGGCCAUUUUCCUCAGCCUACUGUCUAACUUUAAGAUGCAUCUUAAGAUGCAGGUGGAGGUGUUUUUUAAAGAAAUAUUUCUGAACAUAUUAGAAACUUCAUCAAGUUCUUUUGAGCACAAGUGGAUGGUGAUACAGACCCUUACAAGGAUCUGUGCAGAUGCUCAGUGCGUGGUGGACAUCUACGUAAACUAUGACUGUGACUUAAAUGCUGCUAAUAUAUUUGAACGACUUGUGAAUGACUUGUCUAAAAUCGCUCAGGGAAGGAGUGGCCACGAGCUGGGAAUGACACCUCUACAGGAGCUCAGUCUCAGGAAGAAAGGUCUGGACUGCCUGGUGUCCAUCCUGAAGUGUAUGGUGGAGUGGAGCAAGGACCUGUAUGUCAACCCCAACCAUCAGUCCAGCCUAGGUCAAGAGAAAUCCUCUGAUUUUGAAGGUGGAGAAAAUAAAACCCCAGAAAUCUUGGGGCACAGAAGCAGCCCAAGCUCUCUGGACUCCACUGCCUCCUCUGGCAUCAGUAGCGCACCGUCCUCCGUCCCUGACGACCCGGAACAGUUUGAAGUGAUCAAACAACAGAAGGAGAUUAUCGAGCAUGGCAUUGAGCUAUUUAACAAGAAACCAAAGAGAGGAAUCCAGUAUCUGCAGGAACAGGGCAUGCUGGGGACCACCCCACAGGACAUUGCACAGCUCCUGCACCAGGAGGAGCGCCUGGACUUUACGAUGAUCGGAGAGUUUUUGGGAGAAAACAACCGCUUUAACAGAGAAACGAUGUACGCUUAUGUAGACCAGCUGGACUUUUGUGACACAGACUUUGUGUCUGCUCUGCGACUCUUCUUGGAAGGCUUUCGUCUGCCUGGAGAAGCUCAGAAAAUUGACCGUCUCAUGGAGAAGUUUGCAGCCAGAUACCUGGAAUGUAAUCAGGGACAGACAUUGUUUGCCAGCGCUGACACAGCCUAUGUCCUCGCCUAUUCCAUCAUCAUGCUGACUACAGAUCUGCACAGUCCUCAGGUGAAGAAUAAAAUGACAAAGGAGCAAUAUAUUAAAAUGAACCGUGGUAUCAAUGAUAGCAAGGACCUUCCUGAGGAAUAUCUUUCCAAUAUUUUUGAUGAGAUUGAAGAUAAGAAGAUUGCAAUGAAAGAGACGAAGGAGCAUACCAUUGCUAACAAAUCCACAAAACAAGGUGCUGCUAGUGAAAAGGAACGUCGGUUGCUGUACAACAUGGAAAUGGAGCAGAUGGCGAAAACUGCCAAGGCUCUUAUGGAGGCUGUGUGCCAUGCCAAGGCACCAUUUACCAGUGCCACCCACCUGGAGCAUGUCAGGCCCAUGUUUAAGCUUGUGUGGACGCCACUCCUGGCUGCUUACAGCAUUGGUCUCCAGGAUUGUGAUGAUAAUGAAGUGACCAACCUUUGUUUGGAAGGGAUCCGCUGUGCUAUCAGGAUAUCGUGUAUCUUUGGCAUGCAGCUGGAAAGAGAUGCAUAUGUCCAGGCUCUGGCUCGUUUCUCUCUGCUGACGGCCAGCUCUAGCAUCACAGAAAUGAAGCAGAAGAACAUUGACACCAUCAAAACUCUCAUCACCGUGGCUCAUACUGAUGGCAACUACCUGGCUAAUUCAUGGCAUGAGGUUCUGAAGUGCAUCAGUCAGCUAGAACUGGCCCAGCUCAUCGGUACAGGUGUAAAAACGUGCUAUAUCUCAGCAAGUGGCCGAGAACGGGAAGGUAUUAUUAAAAGCCACACCAGUGGAGGAGAGGAGUUCAUGAGCCUUGGACUUGGCACAUUGGUCGGCAGUGGAGUUGAUAAGAAACAAAUGGCCAGCUUCCAGGAGUCUGUUGGAGAGACAAGCUCACAGAGUGUAGUGGUCGCUGUAGACAGGAUCUUUACUGGCUCCACACGGCUGGAUGGCUAUGCCAUUGUUGACUUUGUGCGCUGGUUGUGUGCGGUGUCUAUGGAUGAACUGGCCUCCAUCCACCAGCCUCGCAUGUUCAGCCUCCAGAAGAUAGUGGAAAUCUCAUACUAUAACAUGAACCGCAUUCGACUUCAGUGGUCAAGGAUAUGGCAAGUGAUUGGCGACCAUUUCAACAAGGUUGGCUGCAAUCCUAAUGAAGAUGUUGCCAUAUUUGCUGUGGAUUCUCUUAGGCAGUUAUCCAUGAAGUUUCUGGAAAAAGAUGAGUUGGCUAAUUUUCGCUUUCAGAAGGAUUUCUUGCGGCCUUUUGAGCACAUUAUGAAGAAAAACAGGUCCCCCACUAUUCGGGACAUGGUGAUCCGCUGCCUGGCACAGAUGGUGAACAUGCAGGCUGGGAACAUCCGUUCUGGCUGGAAGAACAUAUUUGCAGUAUUUUAUCAGGCGGCUUCGGACACCAAUGGAAACCUUGUGGAGCUAACAUUCCAGACUGUGAACCACAUUGUCACCAAUGUUUUUCAGCAACACUUCCCAGCAGCCAUUGACUCUUUCCAGGAUGCAGUGAAGUGUCUGUCAGAGUUUGCUUGUAACUCUGCUUUCCCAGACACCAGCAUGGAGGCCAUUAGACUUAUCCGUUACUGUGCGAAGUAUGUCUCCGACAAGCCUCAGGCACUGAGGGAGUAUACUAGCGAUGACAUGAAUGUGGCCCCCGGGGACAGGGUCUGGGUCCGUGGCUGGUUUCCUAUUUUGUUUGAGCUUUCCUGCAUCAUCAAUAGGUGUAAACUGGAUGUACGAACAAGAGGCCUCACCGUCAUGUUUGAGAUUAUGAAAAGUUAUGGGCACACCUUCGAAAACCACUGGUGGCAUGACCUGUUCCGCAUUGUUUUCCGAAUAUUUGACAAUAUGAAACUUCCAGAGCAGCAAACAGAGAAAUCGGAGUGGAUGACCACAACGUGUAACCAUGCUCUCUACGCUAUUUGUGAUGUCUUUACCCAAUUCUAUGAGGCCUUGAACAGUGUUCUGCUCUCGGAUAUCUUUACCCAGCUACACUGGUGUGUGAAACAAGAUAAUGAGCAGCUGGCAAGGUCUGGCACCAAUUGUCUAGAGAACCUUGUCAUUCUAAAUGGAGAGAAAUUUAGUCCUGAGGUUUGGGAUCAGACAUGUCACUGUAUGCUGGACAUCUUCAGGACCACUAUACCCAGUGUACUAUUAACUUGGCGACCAUCUGGGAUUGAAGACGAUGCGGUGGAGAAGCGCUAUGAUCUGGAUAUAGAUCGUCAGUCAGUGAGCAGUCAGGACAGGAAUCCCUCAGAGAGGGCUUACAGCCAACUAUCUAAUACUACUGAGGAGAAUUGGAGAGGGAAGUCCAAUGAGAGGCUCGCUGACCAGAAGUUGUUUGCUGGGCUCCUCAUAAAGUGUGUUGUGCAGCUUGAACUCAUCCAGACCAUCGAUAAUAUUGUCUUUUUUCCAACUACCAGCAAGAAAGAGGAUGCUGAACAUCUAGCUGCGGCACAGAGGGACACGCUGGACCAUGACUUCCAUGCUGAAUAUGAAGACCAGGGAAUGUAUAAGUACAUGUCCACGCCGCAUCUCUUCAAGCUGCUGGACUGUCUCCAGGAAUCGCACUCAUUUGCAAAAGCCUUUAAUUCUAACAAUGAGCAGAGGACGGCGCUAUGGAGGGCAGGAUUUAAAGGAAAAUCCAAGCCUAAUCUUCUGAAGCAAGAAACCAGUAGCCUCGCCUGCUGCUUACGUAUCCUGUUCCGCAUGUACACAGAUGAGCGUCGCAGAGACUCCUGGGAGGUUAUAGAGCAGCGGCUGCUUAAUGUGUGCAAUGAGGCUCUGGCCUAUUUUAUUAAUGUAAAUUCUGAGAGCCAUCGAGAGGCUUGGACCAGUCUACUGCUGUUACUGCUGACCAAAACCCUUAAAGUUAGUGAUGAGAAGUUCCGGGCUCAUGCCUCAAGGUAUUAUCCACACUUGUGUGAGGUCAUGCAGUUUGACCUGAUCCCAGAGCUGCGUGCUGUCCUGAGGAAGUUCUUCUUACGCAUCGGGAUUGUAUUCCGGAUCUGGAUCGCAGAAGAGCAGAUGAGCGGAGGACAUACAUCUUCCUAAUUGUUGGUCCAGGGGGGCGCUGUUGCUGGCUGCCGCUCUUCCUGUUUCAGCUCUGUGCGGGUUGACUGUAUCCUCUGCACACUCUGAGCCUGCUACUUUUAGAAGGAUGAGACAAAUGUCUUGUAUAUUUUUAUUUUUGCUACUUUUGGGUGUGAGGCUCUUGAAUAUAUUUUAAGGUUGUUUGGGUUGAUUCUUCCUUCCUGUUGGGUUGGUGUUCCAUUGACUCCAAGAGUCGGCGCUGAGCUUUAUUGACACAUGGCUCCCAAAAAUCUCCUGCACAUAGUUACAUCUAGAGGGGCUUUGUUGAUGCUGGAUAAAAUAUCAUUGAAUAGAACUUUCUUAUAUUCAUCUUGUAUUUCUUGUGACCCUGUUAAGGCUGAUACCAACACCUGUCUGCCACAGCCUUGGAAUACUCUACUACAAACAUGUUGGGCAUUCAUGAUGGAGCCACCCAUCCACACCUGCUGAAUCAUUACACUGGAUAUGUCAGGGGCUCUGCCAGGGUCACUAUCUGGCUUCUGUCUCUAAUGUUCCUUAUUCUUUAGGAGCCUUGUUUUUAUUUUCUCCCCUUUUUUUUGCCCCAUUCAUCCAUGUAAAGAUUUUUUUUUUUCACUGGCUUUAAUCAACAAAUGUCAGAUCUCUGAUCUGGGAUUAGAACGUGAGGGGCUAAACUGUGGGAUAUCUAUACACUGUAAUUUGCUUCUAGGACACACAGCCUUAGGAAUCUUUUACAUAGGGUGAUUAUUUCCCAAACAGACCAGGAUUGCCCUGUGUAACAGAGUCAGCGACCAGCUGCUGAACGAGCAAACAUUUGUUUUAGUGUUCUAGCAAAUCCUAGUUUAUCAGCCGCACAUAAUAGCGGAUGUGUGGCUGAUAAAUUCGGGAAGGAACGGGCCUCACAAACAAUCCACUGAUCGGUGGUGCGGCCCUUCCUGCAUCCUGGUUGAGCUGUAUUAAGGCACUUGUUAACAGGGCUGUAGAUCUUAGGAAAUCUGCAUGUUCAGGACAAGUUGGUAUGUGAUCGAUUUAUUAUUAUUUUUUUCUUUUUAUAGGGCUUCCCCCCCCCCUGUAUUUUCCUAGGCUGCUAUAUAGCACAUGAAGCUUGGCUCCUCAGUCUCCUACUUGAUGGUGCAGUAUUAUUGAUCAUUGAGGGGGUCAUUCACUAUACCUCUUAGCCAGUGUUAUAAUAUUGUGUAGGAUGUGAUCUAACUCGAGAGGACAGUGUGUCAGAGGAUCUAACUGCAUACAGAUAUAUAUAUAUAUAUAUAUAUAUAUAUAUAUAUAUAUAUUUAUGUAUUUACACACACCCUCCCUUCCCCAGGAAUGUUCUCUGUAUAAUAUGUCCGCUGUCUAAGUUAUUCCUUCUCAAACUCCUGAUUUUAAUGACUCUGCUGGAUGUAAACAUUUUCAAUAGAGACCUAUGAAAUCCUCUGUAAAGUUUUCUAUGUAAAAUAGACUGUACCAUAAGGUUAUUAUCUACUUUGCCAUAAUCAGGUGUCAAUAAAGCUUUAAUGGUG